CUAGCUUAGAAGCCAACACUGAUUCAACUAUUCUGGAUCACUACACAUCAUUACGCUAAAUCAGGGAAAAUAACAAGGAAAACUCUGUAUAAAUCGACGCCAAAUCAUAGCACAGUGAAAAUGGCAAUGGUGGGUUUGUACAGGCGAGUUCUUCCUUCUCCUCCUGCCAUCGAUUUCGCUUCCUCUGAAGGAAAGAAACUCUUUAUUGAAGCAAUUCAAAGUGGAACUAUGGAAGGGUUUUAUAGGCUGAUAUCUUACUUUCAGACACAAUCGGAGCCUGCAUAUUGUGGACUGGCCACCCUUUCCAUGGUCUUGAAUGCCCUUUCUAUUGAUCCUGGGAGAAAAUGGAAAGGGCCUUGGAGGUGGUUUGAUGAAUCUAUGCUAGACUGUUGCGAGCCUUUGGAAAAGGUGAAAGAAAAGGGCAUAUCGUUUGGAAAGCUUGUGUGUUUGGCUCACUGUGCUGGUGCAAAGGUUGAAGCUUUCCGCACAAAUCAAAGCACCAUAGAUGAUUUCCGUAAGUAUGUUGUGAGAUGUUCCACUUCUGAUGAUUGUCAUGUGAUCUCUUCAUAUCACAGGGGAGCUUUUAAACAGACUGGCUCAGGCCAUUUUUCACCCAUUGGUGGUUAUCAUGCUGAGAAGGACAUGGCACUAAUCUUAGACGUUGCACGUUUUAAGUAUCCUCCUCAUUGGGUUCCACUGACGCUUCUUUGGGAAGCCAUGGAUAAUGUUGAUGGAACAACUGGACAGCACAGAGGGUUCAUGCUAAUUUCCAGGCCUCACAGAGAGCCAGGACUGCUUUACACCCUGAGCUGUAAACAUGAGAGUUGGGUAGGAAUUGCAAAGUAUUUAAUGGAUGACGUUCCACUUCUUAUGAAGUCAGAGGAUGUGAAAGAUGUUAAGAAAGUUGUGUCGGUUGUUUUCACUUCACUCCCAUCAAAUUUUGGGGAGUUCAUUAAGUGGAUUGCAGAAGUUCGGAGAAGAGAGGAUGGUAAUCAAAACCUUAGCCCAGAGGAGAAUGGGAGACUUGCUCUUAAGGAAGAGGUGUUGAAACAAGUCCAGGAAACUGCCCUUUUCAAACACGUUGCUGCCUUUCUGUCUACAGUGAAUUCUUGUUGCAGAAACACACUAGGAUUAAGUAUUGAAAGUAAUCUGCCUGACAUUGUUGCAAGAGUCUGCUGCCAAGGGGCAGAAAUUUUGGAUGGCAAGUCUGGCUCCUUGGAGGGGUAUUGCUGCCAAGAAACCUGUGUUAAAUGCUUGAAGGCUAAUGGUGACAAGCCAGUAACACUGGUGUCGGGAACAGUGGUUAAUGGCAAUAGUGAGCAGGGGAUUGAUGUGCUUGUUCCUUCAUGCCAAACCUGCCAAACCUGCUGUGGCUCUACCCCAAAUAAUUGUGUUGCAAUUUAUCCUGCUGGCAACGAUGUUCUAACUGCACUUCUGCUGGCCUUGCCUCCAGAAACUUGGUAUGGUAUCAAAGAUGAGAAGCUUUUGAAAGAGAUGCAUACCCUUGUCGACACCAAAAAUCUACCCACUUUGCUUCAGGAAGAGGUUUUACACCUUCGACGACAGCUACACCUUCUGAAGAAAUGCCAAGAGAAUAAGGUAGAUGAGGAUCUUGCUGCACCUUUGUUCUAGGCUUCUAGCACAAGCUCAUCCGUCAACCCAACACUUCUCUUCCCCUUACCUUUGCCCUUCUGAAGGAAAUGCCAAGUCGCAUGGUUGAAACUCAGUAGAAUAGUCACAUUUGUCGUGGGCAUAUUAAAGUUCAGCUAAGCAUCGUAAAUAUUUAUUUGUCAUUACAAUUUCGUUUUGGCAGAAUCAUAACUUUUAAGCCAGUAAGCCUAGACCAAACCGAACCUUGAAUUGCGGACCUCGUCGAGCAUCUUCCGCCGCUACUCCAUGUUGGAGUGGAAGUUCAUCAAGUACAGCUACAGAAUAGUAUUACAGUAUAGGGACCACUGAACGGCUCUCUGUGGCCAACCCAAGGGAACGGAGGGGACCCCUCAACUUGUUUCUCAUACUGUGCAGUAAGUUGAGAAACAUGAAGAAUUGCCUUCCCUGUGACGUGUGUAUAGUGUCCUCCAAAAGAGUAAAUGGCAAGCAGAAGCAUCUGGCGCUCAAAUUGUUCAGUCCAUUCUCCAACAUUGUGUUGGACCAUAUGAUAGCAACAAAUCCAUUUCCCCUCCCCAAAUUAGAGAGUCAACUCCAUCAGGAACUGACCCUUUUAGCUUUUCUAUCAAAGGUGAUCUGAAACCCAGAAGCUAUUUCAAAGUUUCAAAAGCUUAAUCUCCCCUUUAAUUUGUUUGUUCGUAUUUAACCUGAAACCAUUCUAGGAAUCAAGAAUAUAAGAAAAGACGUAAC